GAAAGCCGAAGUUCCCGGAGAAAAACCGUCGUAGGACCAUUCAUCGUUGCGAAUCAGAAUUAUUCAAUAUGGUUACCGGACGACAAAAUGGCGAAGCUUUUAGGAAUCUGUGUCCUUCUUUCCUACCUCUCAGGUGUGACUGCUGAAUUAUGUACUGCAGCAUACUACUACUACAGCUACAGCUACAGCUACUACACCUACUACAGGUACACCUACUACAUCAAUUGUGACACUGGUUGCUGCGGCUAUUAUUAUGCCCGGGAAUGCUGUACUUCAUCAGCUGGUACCAUUGCCGGAGCGGUCAUUGGCUGUAUUUUUUUCAUCGCCUGUAUCGUUGUCUUUAUCAUCGUCAUCAAGUCCUGUAACAAGAAAAGGACUGGUGUUAUUGUCGCAGGGCAAACUGGUGGAACUGGAAACGUCACGGUCGUUAACAGUACCACCCAACAGCAAAUGCAACAACAGCCGCAGGGAGCUUAUCCUCCUCCUCCACAGUAUGGGGGACAACCUCAACCAUAUGGGGCCUAUCCUCAGCCACAACCAGCAUAUGGGGGCCCUCCUCCUCCACCAUACGGUGUCCAACCUCAACCACAUGGGGAGCAAGCCGGACCGGCUUAUCCACCUCCACCAGCAGUAAACCAUCCCAAUCAACCAGAGAGGUACUAACUCCAAUCAAGCAGACUGGACGUCAUAACAGCUUACCUUUGGAUAAAA